GUCGAUACCGAGUUGCCAAGCGUGGACAUCGAGGGUCCUGAAGGAAAACUGAAAGGUCCCAAAUUUAAGAUGCCCGAGAUGCACAUCAAGGCACCCAAGAUCUCCAUGCCUGACAUUGACUUGAACUUGAAAGGCCCCAAAGUGAAGGGGGGCGCUGACAUUUCUGUUCCAAAAUUAGAGGGUGACUUGAAAGGACCUGAUGUGAAUAUUAAAGGCCCGAAGUUGGAUGUUGAUGUUCCUGAUUUUGAUGUUGAAGGUCCUGAGGGAAAAUGGAAAGGACCCAAGAUAAAAAUGCCAGAUAUGCAUAUUAAGGCACCUAAAUUUUCUAUGCCUGAUGUAGACCUCAACUUGAAAGGUCCCAAAAUGAUGGGAGAAAUGGAUGUUUCUGUACCGAAAAUAGAGGGUGAUGUGAAAGGGCCAGAUCUGGAACUCCAAGGGCCCAAAGUGGACAUAGAAGCUCCUGACAUAGACAUUGAGGGCCCAGAAGGAAAGAUAAAGGGUCCCAAAUUCAAGAUGCCCGACAUGCAUUUCAAAGCCCCCAAAAUCUCCAUGCCGGACUUUGAUCUGAACCUGAAAGGCCCCAAAGUGAAGGGGGAUGUGGAUGUUUCUGUUCCCAAGCUGGAAGGUGACCUGAAAGGUCCCGAGGUGGACCUAGAGUGUCCAGAAGCAAAAGUUAAAGGGCCCAAGUUCAAGAUGCCUGAAAUGCACUUCAAGACACCAAAAAUCUCCAUGCCCGACAUUGAUUUGAACUUGAAAAGUCAUAAGCUGAAGGGAGAUGUGGAUGUUUCUGCCCCCAAACUAGAGGGUGACUUGAAAGGCCCCGAGAUGGAUAUCAAAGGUCCUAAACUGGAUAUAGAAGCUCCUGAUGUGGAUAUUGAGGUCCCAGAGGGGAAGUUGAAAGGCCCCAAAUUUAAGAUGCCUGAGAUGCAUUUUAAGGCUCCCAAGAUCUCCAUGCCGGACUUUGAUCUGAACCUGAAAGGUCCAAAAGGAAAGGGGGGUGUUGAUGUUUCCAUUCCCAAGUUAGAAGGUGACCUGAAAGGCCCUGAGGUUACAGUAAAAGGUCCAAAGGUGGACAUAGAGGCUCCGGAUGUUGACCUAGAAUGUCCAGAAGGAAA